GUGUAUGGGGAGUGUGGAGGAGGGGACCGCGUGACGUCUGCUUCUUCCUUGCUGCGAAACACGGAAUAUUUUAUUUUUUUAUUCACACCGGCCGACGACAAGUACGAUGUCGGCGACUAACAUUUAGUUCGUCCCACUCCGCCGGCAAAAGUCUGUUUAGCUGCGAGUAUUUAGUUGUUUAUUGUCAGCAACGCAAAUAACUAGCUAUCGGGGAGGUCGUGUUACCCGGUGUGUACUCACCCGAAGUGCAGGCAUGUGGAACAAGGUGUGCGGUCAUGUGACCGUUUCAAAAGAAUUUACUUCUUCCUUCUCGUUACGUUCGUCGUGCUGCGAUGUUAUGUGUAUAGGAACUGCUACACGGGUCGCAAUGUUACGCCACCCCAUUGAAGAGCCGGUGUUUGUUAGAAACAGGAAGAACAUUUCAUAGGUCAACAAACAAGUGAUAGGACAGAGGAGUGUUAGAGCGUUUUUUUUUUAAAAAGUAGAGACAACAACUUGUUGAUGUGCAAGUCACAGCGCGGUGAUAGGAUCAAACCUGUAGCGGCCAGGUUCAGUUCUGCAGUGAUAUCAAAGGUGAGCAGGGAAGGGACGCAGCAUGUUCCACCAAACCGCUGUCGCCUGACCUGAUGUUCGUUAGACGAAAGGACAACGGACCGCAGUUUCUGCCACAGUGUGCUGGUACACUUCCGACACAAACAUGUAUCUGUUCUUGAAACUGAAUAACGUCGAGAAGGUUAUCAGCGGCAUCGUCGUCGACAACGACUGCUUGCCGCUGGUGGAGGGCUUGGUGGUGGCGCCGACUUCGGCGUCUGACCGGCAGUCGAUGGCCGUGAAUUGCAUCCCGUGGUUCAAAUCCCUCGCCAUCGACGCCGUGUACAUUGACUGUCUUUACCGGGAUUGCCGCUGGGUCCCUAAAAUGUUUACCGUGCAGCAGACCCACGAAACGAGUGUGAAGGAGAUCUCGCAAACCGGUUUGGGCAGUGGCCAAUCAGAAGCGUUCUUCCCAAUCUCAGCUCGUCCGAUCUUCCGACAUGGAGGCGAAAUGUCCGACUUCGAUCCCAUUGCAGACGAGCUGUAUGAAAGAGCUGAGGGCAUUCUGUCGUCUGAUUCAAAGAAAGCAAUGCCGGAAGAGGAACUUCGAACCGAAUGCGCCCAGCUGCUGCACUGCUGCAUUUUCCCAAUUGUUGAGUUCUCCAAGACAGAUGUCCCCGUGCUGCAAGGCUGCAGUCAGCGCAUCGCACUUCGUAUCCAGGCUCUGGAGGAGGAGAUCAACGAGAAAGAGGCAGAGCUGGUGGUGACGGAAGGCCUGCUGAGCAAGCGCAAGAGCAAGAUCCUGGCCAACGAGCACCUGUGCGACGAGGCCCACGUGCAGGCGUGCACGCCCAGCUUCCUGCAUGCCAUGUACGACAGCCUGGCUGCCGACAUCCAGGAAACCUACACCCAAGUGGAACUGCGGCAGCGCAAGGUGCAGGAAGAGCGCAAGAGGAGCAACACCGGCAGGGUUCUGGAAGGGCUGGUCCGUGAUCGCGAUGAAUCUCACGAGCAGUUACAGAAGCUGUUGACCAUCCGUGAGACCCUCCGGACCUUCUUGGACUCCACCCAUUCGUCCUCUGCCUCCAGCAAGAAGACGCGGAAGAUAAGCAAGGAAGAAAAGGGUUCGUACGCGAUGCUUGUGAAGAUCUAUGAGGAAAUGAAGAGUAUCAAGUGCGAGGUGACCCGGCUGUGCUACCGCAGGCUACACUGUACUGCCAUGAAGAAAGCCAUCGAUGCGACUGUGAUGAAGAUCGAGAGAGGGAAGGUGGAGAGUGUCUGUGACUUCAGCGAGUUUUCACUCAACGUGGGUGUGGCCGGAGGUGGGGGCAACUGGAGCGGGUGGAUGAGCAUGCAGGACCAGGUGAACGAAGUCAUGGACAAAAGGGAUUCCGUCGUGUACCGCGAGCACUUGAAGCGCUGUCAGUUUGUCCUCGACAUUGCCAGCUCCGUCCUCAGCGAGCAGGUCAUUCUGGAGCCUGAGAAAGGCGACGUGCUUGAGGACAGAGGCGAUGACUGCCUUGAUAAGGCCUCCUACACGACGAAAUCCGAGGGCGUGAAGAGCGAGAAGCUUCCCAAUUGUGAAGGAGCUGAUUUGUGGAGAAAAACACGCAACAAAGCUGUACAAGCAGCACUCGAUCACCUGGUGGAGGUUGCGAGCACCCAGAUGAUGAACAUGGCCAGGGUUAUCGUUCUUCACCUUGGGCUUGACGCGGACAACGUGCGCUACGUGCGGCGUGCCUGGGUGUGCUACUCCCCGUACUUCUUUCGUGUGACCCUGAGCCAGCUGCAGCAAGUGUACGCCCGCCUGCACUCGGCGCACGGCGCUCAGAUGCACGCCGUUGUCACCAGCCUUGCCCUCACCGACAUCGUCGACGAGCGGUUCUUCGAGGAUUUCUUCGUGCGCAAUCUAGACUGGAAGCGCCUGAAAGGUGAUGGGAAGGACGGGGUUGCAGGUCAAAGGGAGGCAGAGGAAGGUCUGACCCCGGAGGAGUCAGUGGAGCCGCUCUCGUCCACGACCCUCGUCUCUGACCUUCGCCGCUGCUCCGUGGGCGAGCUGUACGCUCUGGUGGACAAAGAUUGUCUGAAGCUGUGCAAACAGAUGCGGGAGCUCGAACACACGGAGAUGUUGUCGGGGUCCUUGUCGAGCAAGAGCAGCAGCAGUAGCAGUAGCGUCAGUAGCCCCGACGUGGGAGACACGGAUGUGAGGUCAGAGAGCAAAGGUCACGACUCGGACAGCAGCAGCAGCAGCAGCGGUGACGCGGAGGGCCGCAGCGAGGAGGCGGUCCUCCAGCAGCUGAAGAAGCGCGCCUCGGCUCUGGUGUUUGUGACGUCGAAAACGCAGGGGCGGCGAUCGGUGACGUCGCUGCUGGCCGCUGUCGACGGCGUCAUCGCGCCCUUCAACGCCCUGAUGCAACAGGUGGUGGACAGCCCGGACCUUCUGGAGAAGCUCCGCCUCCUGGAGCAAGGGGUCCGCUUCCUGGCCCAGCAGGUGGAGCUGCACUGCCAGGACAAAGGCAUGGACAGCUUGCUGCCCAUGUCCCUCUUCGCCACAGUCUGCCUGCAGCGAGACGUCUUCAUCUCUCUGUUCACGCAGCUGCAGCUGCUCAACGACUUCAGGCAUCACGUGGUUCUUCCAGCUGUUUACGACUUCGGUCUCACGAGCGCCUACACUCCGUACUUUUUCCUCUCCGAGCGAAAGGAGAAUCUGAGGAAGACCGAGUCCGACACUUAACCAUUCGCUUGGCUGGAUGUAUCAAGUGCAAAAACCAGCACGUGAGUUGCUUCGAGUUUGGUAACUCAGGUCACGUGAUCUACUAACCCCGUUUUAGUCUGCGCACGCGCUGUGACUGAUGAGCUCGAUCAAAUUAAGGAUAUAAUUACACACACACCUUCUUUCAACUGAAUUAUAUUGUACGAGGCAGAGUGGGAACUACUUCUGCUCAAGAGCACAUCACACACUCUCACCACUCGGUUUACUUCCUAAACUGAGAUCACCCAGCGGAAAGGAGAGACAUCCAAACAAAGGACACUACAUGGAUUUGUUUUGUUUAUAUUGUUUGAAAAAAAAGUAUUACGAUGUUUAGCUAUGCUCGAACUGUUGUUGUUGUUGUUUUCCUAGGAUCAGUAAUAGUGAUUUGUGGUUUAAAACAUGAUAAUUAAUGAUAAUAUAGAAUCUCAACGAUUUGCGUGUGUCUGUAUUAGAACAUUGUUUUACAGUCGGAAUAGUCUGAUAUGAAUCCCACAUCUUCAUAAAAAAACAACGCAUUCAGAGGAGGGAGGGGAGGGAGGAAGAAUAGAGAGUCCUUGUAUGUGUGUUUGUGCAUGCGUGCUUGGUUGUAUUGUGUGUAGACUGGUGUGUGUCUAUGUAUUUAUGUGUAUGGGUGUGUGUUCAGAAAUGAAUAAGCAGUUUAUAUACGAAAUUCUCUUUUGUAGUCCCAGGGUAAACAAAGUUUUUACACAUCUUUUAGAUACGAACAUUGUUGUGCAAAGGGCAUUUCUUAUUCUUCAAAGGUCGGGAUCAAGCCUUCAGGUAUAUAACGUUUCCUUUUAGUAUAAAAUGGCGACACUUCAUUUAGAAAAUUAAAUUUUUGUGUUCGCAUGGCUUUUCGUCUGUCUGUGGUUUAUGUGUAUUCGCGAGCGUGCGUACGUGUGCAUAUACAAUUGUUUAUCCCUUUGUCUCCGUGUCUCGCUCGCCAUCAACCACAUUGCCUGCCGCGUAGUUUACACACAAACAGCAAGGUGUGUAUUAGUUUGUGUGCACUCACCAAAGACUCCAGUGUCACUAUGUCACCUGCAUUAACAACCACCGACAAGCGAGUGUCAAGGUAAAUGUAAUGUUUACCGCGAAAUGUUGUUAGCGAAACCUCAAGCCACGGCAUGCAAUGCGAAAUUAUAAACACCAUCUUAAAGACACACAUUUUUUAAUGACCAAUUCAGUGCAAGAUACUAUUUCUCCAAAGAUGGACCUUACAAACGUUCAAGGAAGUAUCUAAAAAAAAAAAAAA